AAUGAUCCAGUACUGAUUAAAAUUCAUGGAAUAAAGAAAAAAAUUAGAACCAAAAUAUUCGAUUACACCAAAAAUAAUUAUUAGGAAACAACAUCCAAUUGAUUGGGUCAAACAUGAAAAAAUACAGGUCGAAUCCAGAGUACAUGUUAAUGAUAUUCGACCUAUUCUUAUUUUAAAAUCAACAUGAUAUAUUAUUGUUUAGUUAUUUGCUAAUAUGAUCAUUAAAUGUUUAUGUUAUGUUAUGUUUGUAGUGAUUCGAUGUUUGAUCAUCUUUGUUGUAUGCGCAACGACUUAGUUGAACUAACAUCGAUUCGUUAUGCUUGUGAACAUAUUGAUAUUUUAAUUAGCGCACAUUAAUUAUCAAUAUAAUCAUCAUUUGCAUAUGAUUAGCAUUAACAAAUAUUGGUUAUUACAAAUACAAAUAAAUUACACACAUGAAAUCUUCUCUUUCAGAAGUGUUUCUGUUUUCAACAAACAAAAUUAUUUAUGUUUUAACUUUACACAUAUUACAUAUUUUAUUAAUAUACUAACGAUAUCUAUGUAUGCAAUCUCGAUACGUUUAUUCCUCAUAACGAAUGAUAAAUUAUAUGAUUUAUUUGUUUACCUUAUUUAUAUUAAUCUUUUUUUCUUUUCACUUAUUUUAUAUCAAUUUGUUUAAUCUUCUUUUCUUUAGUCAUAAUAAUAUUAGAUAAAUUUGUUUCAUAUAAUUUAUGUGAUGUCAACAAUCCUCCAGCUCAUCUUGAUGACAAUUAAAAAUCGAAUUGGAUACGUGCUGUAAAAAAAAGGCGAAGAAAAAUUAUCAAUAUCAACAACAAUAUCCAACAUUUGAUAUACCAACAUCACUUUAUGAAAUUAUAUAUAUGUAAACAAAUAUACAACAACUGAAACAAUGCAAAAAAAUGAAUUAAUCAUGUACGAAAUUGUAAUGAAUUUACAUUUGAUACUGAAGAUGAAAAAUCAACCAAACAAUUAGCAUUAAUUCAAAUUCAAACAAUAUCUCAACAUAAUGAUAUGUUAUAUGAAGAAAUUUCAAAUGAUGAUAAUGAAUUAAAUAAAGCAUUACCACUAAAUAAUAAUGAAUCAUUAUAUGAUUCAAUAUCAGAUGAUGAUAAUGAACCAAAUUCUGCAUUACCACCAAAUGAUAAUGAUUUAUGUGUCAUCAACCAUAAUAUGGUUGAUGAUGUCAGUGAUUAUGAACAAGAACAAC